AGGGUGGAGUUAUGCUAAUGUCCCUCCUGUUCCUCCCUGAGCCUGGGCGCAGCCUGUGCCACUCACAGCAUCUCCCUGCCACGAGUGACAGCGGCUGGGCCAUGGCCACCUGCCCCGAGCUGCAGCCUCUGCAGGAGAUCAAGCGCUUCCUGAAGGAGGAUUCGGAAGAGGCUGAGCUCACCCAGUUCCUCAGGGACUGCCCUCCUGCCGACAGCCCCCGCAAAGUGGAGCCCCCUGAGGGCCGGCGGGACUCUGGCCACCCCCUCUGUGGGAGGGCCCCCGGUGAGGAGCCUGCCGAUGAGCACGACGUGCGGUCCUUCUCUCGCCCCCGACCCUUGGACACCCAGCAGCUCAUCAUGGCCCCCCCACCGCCCAGCCCCUCACGGCCGCGCAGCCCCUGGGGGCAGCUGGACCCCUACGAUUCCUCUGAGGAUGACAAGGAGUACGUGGGCUUCGCCACGCUUCCCAACCAGGUCCAUCGCAAGUCAGUGAAGAAGGGCUUUGACUUCACAUUGAUGGUGGCAGGGGAAUCUGGGCUGGGCAAAUCCACCCUCGUCAACAGCCUCUUCCUGACAGACAUGUACAGGGACCGCAAGCUUCUCAACGCUGAAGAGCGCAUCACUCAGACGGUGGAGAUCACCAAGCAUGUGGUGGAUAUCGAGGAGAAGGGCGUCAAGCUGCGCCUGACCAUUGUGGACACGCCGGGCUUCGGUGAUGCUGUCAACAACACUGAGUGCUGGAAGCCGGUGGCUGACUACAUUGACCAGCAGUUCGAGCAGUACUUCCGCGAUGAAAGUGGCCUCAACCGCAAGAACAUCCAGGACAACCGCGUGCACUGCUGCAUCUAUUUCAUCUCGCCCUUUGGCCACGGCCUCCGGCCCCUGGAUGUGGAGUUCAUGCGGGCGCUGCACCAGCGCGUGAACAUCGUGCCUGUGCUGGCCAAGGCUGACACCUUGACACCUGCUGAGGUGGAACGGAUGAAGAAUAAGAUCCGGGAGGAGAUUGACCACUAUGGGAUCCGCAUCUAUCAGUUCCCUGAGUGCGACUCGGAUGAGGAUGAGGAGUUCAAGCUGCAGGACCAAGCGUUGAAGGAGAGCAUCCCCUUUGCUGUCAUCGGCAGCAACACGGUGGUGGAAGCCAAGGGACGGCGUGUCCGUGGGCGGCUCUACCCCUGGGGCAUCGUGGAAGUGGAGAAUCCGUCUCACUGUGACUUUGUGAAGCUGCGCACCAUGCUGGUGAGGACCCACAUGCAGGACCUGAAGGAUGUGACGCGUGAGACGCACUACGAGAACUACCGCACGCAGUGCAUCCAGAGCAUGACCCGCAUGGUGGUGAAGGAGAGGAACCGCAACAAGCUGACACGGGAGAGCGGCACGGAUUUCCCCAUCCCUGUCAUCCCCCCGGUGCCGGAUUCGGAGACGGAGAAGCUCAUCCGAGAGAAGGAUGAAGAGCUGCGGCGGAUGCAGGAGAUGCUGCAGAAGAUCCAGAAGCAGAUGAAGGACUCCCACUAACCCCCUCCCCCAGCCCCUCCUCCUCCUCCUCCUCCUCCGGCCGUGCCCCACGCGGAUCAGAAAUGUUUACAUCAUGCUCCAUCCCAGCCAAGCUCUGAGACUCGGUACCAACAACACCUCUCACCUUAAGCUGCUGCAGUGUCGCCUUAUGGACUCGGGGAUGGCGAGGGGAUGGGGUGCACCUCCCAGGUUCCCCCAGACAUUGUCCCAGUCCCUCCUGCGCCCCCUGGGCUGGGCACAGUGUUGUCCCCACGGCUUUGGCUCCCUCUGUGUCCCUCCUACCCCAGGUAUCUUCAAGAGGCCACAACUGCCCUAUUGCCCAUGGUCUUGUCCCUGCCUGCUCAUGCUGUGAAGGAAGAGGGAAGGAGAGGACUGCUCCCAGUCUCACAAAUUGGGGUCUGUACCACUCAAGAUAGGGGUGGAAGGGAAAUCUGAAUGACAGAAAUUCAGUGGCUCCUGGAGGCCACAGGUCACCCUUGGCCAGGGUCUCCCCUGCCAACAGAGGAGGUUCUGAUGACCAACGGUGUCCAGCCCCGUGUCCUUGUCACAUUCCCUGUCCCAACGGAGCAUUGUCCCAUGGGAGCACUGGAUGGCUCAGGCUGGUGCACAAGGAACCCUGAGGAAACACCAUCUCCCCCAAACACCAUCUCCCCCAAACACCAUCCCUCCAACCCCAAAUCACAGUGAGCAGAGACCUGACCCCAACUUGUUGGCCCUACAAAGCAAUAAUCACUGUCCCCCUGCUCGGCAAGAGCUUUGUCCCUGAUGGCAUUUCGGCUGCUUGCUUGUCCAUCGUGACACUGUGUCCCCCCAGAUGUCCCCAUCCACGCUGCUUCCUGGCAGAGCACCCCAACUCCCCGCUUCCCUCAGGCAAUGGGGAAAGAAGAAAGGGGACAGUGAGGCAGCACGGUGGCCCUGAGGGCUGGAGGCAGAGCUGGGGGCAUGGGGACGUGUCCCCUCUCCGCCUGGGCCACCCUUUUUGGUAUCCCCUGGGUGGGCUUGAGCCUCAGCCCCACAGUCCCCAUGUCGUAGUUUGGAUGGCUCAGGCUGGGUGGCGGUAGGGACAGUGCCAGCAGUGUCCCUGUGUCAGCACAGCCUGAGGGGUCCCUGCGUCAGCUCGCCCGUGAGCGGGGACCUGCAGGCUGGAUGAGCACUUUCCUUUUUUAUCUCGCUAUUUUCUUACUGAAGAACCUACCUUUGCAUGAUGGCCAUAGAUGCGUUUAUUAAAGUAUACAAAGAAUAUAGGUUUAUAAAUUCGUAUAGAGCUAGUGGAAAUAUUUUUAACCCCUCCACGAACGUUCUCAAUAAAUACAGCUGACCUGC